AUGCUUAGUGGUCGAGUUUCUCCAAGAUUUGAAGAAGUAUCAGAUACAAGGAAUCCGCCAAAGAUGCUGCCGAAUGGCGAUGUUUAUGGUGAUGGGCGUUUAAAGAUUCAUCGUAUUCCAUUAUGUACUACUGCAUUGUGUACUGUCUCUCAUGUUACUUCCCCAAGCUGUAUAUGGAUGAAGCCGAUAAAUCAUAUAACGGAAAAGCUCCAGAUCUACGACAACAGCGGUUUAAUUCAUUCGCAAGCUUUCCAUGAAGAUCGAUACGUUAUGGCACCGAUCCGAGAAGGUGUUUAUGGAAGAGCGAGAAUCCGAGCUAUAAUUGAAGCAAAGAACAAGGCAAUUGAAAACUUAAUAGAUACAUAUGUCAAAGUGCUUUUUAUCGAUGAAGGGAAAACGCAAUGGCUUUCGUCAAAAUGUCUUGCAAAAAUGGAUGAAACAUUCGCCUUUCAUCCUUGGCAAGCCAUUGCAGUUUGUUUAUUUAAAGUUAGUCCAUUUCGAGAUGGUCUAACAAAUGAAAAGGAUCUUAAAUGGAGUGAAGAAGAGAUAUCAAGCUUGCGUAAAAUUUUUAAAAAAUUUGAACUUUUUCGUAUCGAGGCAGUAUUGAAUAGUGUUCAGUGCAACGAUUAUCACGAUCUGGUUAAGACUAAUUUAUUAAUUAAGGUUAACAUAUUUGGAUUAGAAUCAGAAAAUGACGAAAUGGGUUUUUCGAUUGCCCAUAUGUUUGCACGUGAACAAGGAAAUACUGUUAGACUGGAUAGGAAGCUUUACGACGGUCUUUUUCAAAAAAUAUAUUAUCCUGAUGAGGCUGAAUUUUGCAUAACUGAUAUUAUGGGUCUUGAAACCUGGCAAAAAAUCUUCCCUGAACAAAAUACAUUUGGAACUUUAGACAAUUUGGAAUUGAAGAAAUUGGAUUGGCUUGGAAAUGAGAUUGGUCGUGAGAUACCGCUCGUCGAUGUCGACUGGUUAAAUGAACAAGGAUUUUGUCAUAAGGGCGAAUAUCUUGUGAAUGUUGAAGGAAGAAGUACUAUUUCUCCUUACGAGUUUUAUGCUCGUUUUUUGAAAAGUACACAUUCGAGAGAAAAUAUUAGCGAAAUUGAAGCUGUUAAUGGCAAUUCCGUUCAGUUUUCCUCAGAGGAUGAUGCAAUGAUUGCUGCAAAUAAUGUUUUAGUCGAAUUGGCUGAUGAGCUGAAUUCAUUUUAUGGUCAUCCAAGAAAUCGACGAAUAAUUAAUGCUCUACGUGUGUAA